AGCGCGAACGGGGAGAAUUGGGUUUACCGGAGGUUUUGGUGAAGUGAUUGCUGUGUUUUGGUGACAUCGCGGCGGUAGGCAGAAGUGGAAAAUCGAUAGGCGUAUUUGUAAAUAUUACGUCGAAGAUGACGACAGUUCCGUGACGACAAUAGUGCUCCCCGGAUAACAACGUUCCCGUAGCUAGUGGUGUGUGCAAAGGCAUCUGCUAAGAGAUUGAACGAAUGCUACCAUCUUUGUGGGCGUACUUGUGAUUGCUUCCGAUUGCAACCAAAGCAUUACAAAGUGAAUGGCGCGGCGGAUAUGCGUGGCUAAAAGUGAUAAAAAAUUAUUGCCCCCCGAUUGCGUUGUGUGUUGAAAGGCGUUCGACGCAGCACCGCGGUGUCGCAAAACGGCCACGGUGAGCAUUCUUCCUCAAUAAACGCGCGUGCAAAAAGAAAACGUAUCCGGAGCAGAUCACGUACACGGUUCCCCAAAAUUCGGUCGGAGGUCAUCGCAUUGUGAUUUGUAUCUACAGCCGUCAACAACUGGCGCUUUUCUGGCCACUUUCUUGUUUGCCACAAAGUACUGUUGUGCUGAAAGUAGUGCGGAACCGAAUACCCACAUCGCUACGCGGCCAAGCGAACACACCACACGGCCGUGGCGACGGUAAAAGAUACACAGAGCCUCGCGUUAAAAGUCGUGGAUAAACGUUUCGUGCUCGAGCUGAUAAGGACACCAGCUCACGGAUCGAGGAGGGAAAAACACGAGAUGAGCUGAUAAAACGGGGCGCACUGUGUCCGUGAUAAUAGAGAAGACGAGAGGCGACUUUGUAACCGACAUCCUAGCAACAACCCCGCGACAUAGCAACCGCAAGACGGAACCGACGAAAACGACAACAUAAAUCUGGCGACGCUGCCUGCGAUUCCCUUCUCCUCAUGGCGAUGUCUCCCACGUCGAACAGCAGCGCUUCGGCGACGUCCGUUUCGCUGCUAAACCGACAGUCGAGCAAAAACGCGGACACCGUGUCCGUCUGCUCGACCACCAGUGCCUUCUCGACGUGCCCCGAUCGGCACGGAUUCUACGGUGGCAAUCAGUUUUCGGAGAAGCCCAAAAAAGAAACGCUAACGCGCGAGCAAACGAUCGCGCGCGAAAAGAAGUGGAUCCACAUGACCACGCACUGGUCGGACUACAUGAACAACAACUACAAGAAGGUGCGCGAACGUUGCCGAAAAGGUAUCCCGGAAGCUUUGCGCCAGAAAGCGUGGUUUCUGUUAACCGGAGCCAACCAUCUGAUGGUGAAGUUCCCGAACCACUACCGGCAGCUUGUCGCCCAGCCCGGGAACCCACACAUUAUCGACGAAAUACGCAAGGAUCAGCACCGGCAGUUUCCACACCACGAAAUGUUCAUCGACGACGAUAAACCGGGCCAGAAGGAGCUGUUCAACGUGCUGAAAGCGUACUCGGUGUACAAUCCGAACGUUGGCUACUGUCAGGCGCAAGCACCGAUCGCGGCCUUCCUGCUGAUGCAACUCCCGGCCGAGCAAGCUUUCUGGUGCUUUGUCGCCAUCUGCGAUAAGUAUCUUGAAAACUACUUCACACCCGGACUCGAGAUGCUACAGCGAGACGCGGGCAUGUUGAACCGAUUGCUGAAGAAAACGUCACCCGCCGCGUACCGACACCUACAGAAGCACAACGUAGAUCCGCUCCUCUACAUGACCGAUUGGUUCCUGUGUGCGCUGACUCGCACCCUGCCCUGGGACACGCUGUUGCGCGUCUGGGAUUGCUUCCUGUGCGAGGGCGUCCGAAUCUUCUUCAAGGUAGCGCUCGUAAUCAUUGGUGCGACACUCGGACCACAGAAAGUCCGCUCGCAGUGCAACGGGCUGUGCGAAACGCUUGCCGUGUUGCGAUCGCCACCGAAAAAGUUCCUCGAGGAGGACUUCAUUAUGCACCACAUUUUCCGGUUGAACAUUACGAUCGACGACUUUAAUCGUGAACACAAGAAGCAAGAAAUGUUACACCGAAAGGCGAAGCUGGAACAGCAGAAAACACAACAGCAGCAGCACGGGAACGGAGCGUCCAAUGGUACCAACAGUCUGGGCAGGAAUGCGGCGUAGAGGCGAGGCUGCGGGCGACCAGAUGCAGCUGGGGUGGGCCGUAAAGUUGCCGCUAGUCCGGGAUGUGGCGAACGCGUAAUAGAGAAAAAGCCAGCCAGACCUACAAAUCACACUCCAAAUUGGCCUCAAACUAACGGGGGAACAUGCGCUCUCGCCAGGCUACACUGUUGUGUACACUCAACAGCACAACAAAGCAAAUUAAGGUGUUUGUUAGGAGAGGAACAUAAAAUGAAACUCACUUUAUCUGCAGCUAUACAGAUCACCGCCGGAGCCUCACAAAACUGGCAUUGGCAGCAAAUGUUAUCGAAAAUAUUUGUUACGUGUAAUCGACGAAAUCGACCGGCGGCCCGGUCAACACGACGGCACGGGCACAAACGUUGACCUGCAAACGUUUGUUUGUUACGAAUGAUAGUACAAUUUUAAAUUUAAAUAUAACUGAAAAGAUUCACUUUUCCAGAAUCGCACGUCGAUCUACGCCAUCGGUCUGCGAGCAUUCUCAAGUAACGGGGCUAGGGAGUUCUUUGUCAAACCUUUCCAAAUUCAAAUUGGUAUCAUAAAAUUUACAGUCGCUUUCGGAUUACAUUAGUCUUUCGACCAGGAAGCAAUACACUUCAUUCCAUAAGUGGCAGCACAAUGGGCAGAGGAAAAACAGGAUAAAAGCGAACAGAAACUGCAAAUCCGUUUUCUAUUACAUCAUAUUUAGCAUAAUUGCAUAGGCGUAUAAGAGAAAAAAUGGGCCAUGAAAAUCCCGUAUCGGUUGCGAGUGAGAUUUGCUGUUGGAGCACAGAAGAGAUAAACACAAUUAUCUAUUAUACACCGUACGUUACAUUUACAUAGUCUCGAUUUUGAUAUGACAAAAUUUCGUAAAAAAUAACUAAAGAUUAGAGAAGAUACAUGAUGUGUAGUGUGUUGUUGGUUAGCGACGAUGUGUAAGGUGUAAUUUAUUUCCCGUACAAUGCACGCUCCAUGUUAUUUAUGCUUUCGUGCAUUGUCUGUGGACGUAGAACGCAAUAUUAUGUUCUGUGUUAACGCACGCGCCACGGAAAAUGGGAAACAACGGACGAUUCCGUUUUAGCUAAAUGUGGAGGACCGAGAAAAACAAUUCAAUCGGUGCCUUUCUUCCUAUUCCUUUCUUCCCCAACAGAUCAAUUCGCCUAGGCCCUAGCCGGCUUGGGACAAUUCAACGUGCCCAGCAAACAUAUCAGCGUUGCGAUCGUUGCUAUGAUCGCCUACAAACUGUUUAGUUUACCCAUUUACCUGCUAGUUCGCGUAAAUUAAUCUAUACGUGUGUCUAUUGCAUCGUUUAGUAGCAUAUAUAUUUAUGAUUCGAAUUCGAAAUUUGAAUUGCAAUCGGAAACCAUUAUUAACCACACGCAAACUUCUAACGAUUUAUGUGCAAUCGAUCAGCGUCCCGAGGUGGUAACUGACAAAAUUAAACGCGUUAGGUAGGAAAAGCUACACAAUAGUGCAAGAUUGUUUGUUUACUAUUAUUUAUUAACCAUACGGAAGACGUCGUGAGUGACACACUCAUGGCACCAACCAACGCACAGCUGCGCGGGCGGUCAAAAAGUUCGGCAGUCGGUCGUUUUUUGUAACCAGUUUGUUCGAAGGAGUUAAAUAAACUGAGAGAAGAUCGUGAAGGUCAAUUUGUGGA